GUGAUGAUGGGUGUGUCCUGCAGGAUGCUGAGUCUUUAUAACCGCGCAGUCAGACGUCUCCAGAUGCAGUCCCUUUUCUCCUGAGAGUUUACAUCGGAGAGCAGCAGCAGUUCAGAACAUUCUACAUGGAUGCUUUAUCCACAUAUUUUGUGGAGGAGACCUUUUGCAUGAGAGGCAGAGACGAGGAAGAGGAAGACGAUGAAGAGGAGGAAGGUAGAGAUGAUGAACAUGAGGAAACAUGUAAGAUGAACCACUCUGGGUUAGACUUUUUGAUUCAAACUCUACAGGAAAGUAAUAAUGAUGUGACAGAGUCUGAGAUAAGAGAUGAUGAUGAAGAAGAAAAUGAGGAUGAAUGUGAUGAAGAGACGGAGAAGAUCAUGGUCGUCAUAGACGAGAAGGACAAACCUAAGGAUGGUGAUUCAAACUGCAGCAGCACAGCCAGUGAGGAGGACAUUUCAGCUCCAGCUCCAGCCUGGACUCCCAGAAUCAUUUUCAGCCUUGAUAAAGACAUAUACCACUACGCAGGGCAGGACAUCGUCAUUUAUGAAUCCAUAGACUCCUUCGGAGCAGUCAUGUGGCCGGCAGCGUUGGCUCUGUGCUCCUUCCUGGACAACAACAGGGUGGAGGUGAACCUGCAGGGGAAGGGGGUGCUGGAGCUGGGAGCAGGAACAGGACUGGUCAGCAUUGUGGCCACACUGCUAGGAGCUGCAGUCACAGCCACAGACUUACCCGAUGUGUUGAGUAACCUCAGGGCCAAUGUGAUGAGGAACACCAGGGGGCGUUGCAGACACCUGCCCCAGGUGGCGGUUCUAUCCUGGGGCUACGACCUCGAGCAAACCUACCCUUCAUCCCUCUACAGGUACGACUAUGUGCUGGCAGCUGAUGUGGUCUACCACCACAACUUCUUAGCCGAGCUCCUGGCCACCAUGAAGCAUUUCUGUCAACCCGGGACGAGGUUGAUCUGGGCCAACAGGGUCAGGAUGGAGUCUGAUCUGACUUUCACUGAGAACUUUAAAAAGGCUUUUCACACAAGUUUACUGGCGGAGGACGGAGAAAUUAAAAUCUUCAUGGCGACGUGCAGAGAGGGAGACAUAGAAGAGGAAGGGUUGGAUCACUGAGCUGGCUCACUUGGGUACAGGCCUGUGGGCCCUAAGGUUACGGGGCCCUUACAUCACAGUGAUUGUGUUUAACGUUUCUAGUCGGCCACACUGGAGCUAUUACCUCUGAGUUGAUAUCUUCUUAAUUCCUUUAGAAAAAGUUUAAAAAGUCACUAAGAUCACAUUCAUAAAUAGCAAUCACGCAUUUUGCAUGCACUACAUGAGGUAAUAAAGGCAAAAUAUGAGUUUUUAAUUUUAUGCACUUUGCUUUUUUAAUGAAUUUUUUGCUACGUUGCAGUAAUGUGAUCCAGGCCUGGUGAGAUAUUAUCCUGAGAGAGACACAUCUGUGCCACAUGAAUUGAGAAUGGUCAUGAGAAUCAAUGAUCUCACUGUAGAUCAGACACUGACCAUUUGAUAAUCAAUUCACAAUUUCAGUCAUUUUGAAACACAAAUGCCAAACCAGCCUCUCAGAUGUGAGUUGAUUUUUGUGAAGUUGAAUAUAGAUCAAUUAUCUUUAGACAGUUUUAGUAGUAUAGUGAAUAUUUUUAUAGUGGCUAAUAUGUUUAGUGGCUAAUUGUUGCCCUAUGAGUUUGUCUGCAUCACUACUGAAAUGCCCUCAUUCGGUUUAUUGUUUACAUUUUAUUGUUUAAUACAGUGAUAGAACGUUUUAGAAAAUGUUUUUGUAUGGUACUUUAUCUUCCCCUCUCUAUAAACUCGUGUAUAAUGAAUUUUUUCAAGUUGACAUUGAUAUGAGGUGGAGCCCACGGCUAGAUAUCUCAUUUGCUGUAAAUAAAUGUGUAAGAGACGA